AGAUAAUCAAGAGCCUUUGGGAGUCUCCAGAGGUGGCUAUUGCACCAACAACACAUCUCAACAGCUCCUCAGAAUUGUUCCGAUCUAUCUUUACUCGGUUCCAAACAGGUUCAAAUUUGCUGCUUCGUUUCUAAUGUUUGCAAGUUUGGAGCCACUAUAUUCGCUCAGGGGAGAUGAUAUGAUGGAGAUCUAUUGGAAAUUUGCAUUGUUUCACCUGGUGAAACCAAUCCCUCAAAUGUGCACACCUAGCUUUCUGUUUGUCCAGUUCGACUUUCACCUUUUGGUGCUCCAAUUUGCUGGAGAAUUUGUUGAAACAGGCAAUGCUGCAGUGAAAUCAGGCAAUUUCUAAAAGUCAUAGCGUCUGCAAAAGUUACAGCAAUGUUGGACACUUGGUCUAUGAUCAUAAGCCAUAACAAAUAGUGAUGGUUCUACUUUUCCAGUGGAUCAUCAAACAUGAUUAUUGCCUUACUGAUGGAUUCAAAACAAACCAUCUCACAAUGAUGCUGAUGCUGAUGUUUGAUUUAGACGAUAAGGAGUGAUAAGUUUUGAGGAUAUUUUCAUAUCCAUACAACAUGUUAUACUCAAUGCCAUAUGGCUAAAUUUCAUUCUCCUGAAAACUCCAAUUACAAAAAGUUCAAUAGUGGACGAUGAAAAAUGGACUUCAAAAUAGCCACUCUCCUAGUCUCCCACUCUCCUUAGAUAGUGUGUUGAUUUUGAGCAUAAAAUUUUGAAUGAAAGAGUAGCUUAUAUGACCC